GGGAGACCAGACAGAGUAACCUAGCUAGCUAGCCUGCACGCAGCGAGCCAGUUGAGAACUGCUUGUUGCAGGGGACACACGCACACGCAUCGCUGGUGUACGCCCAUGGCUGCGAGCGAGGCUGCGUCUCCUCCUUUCAGCGUGGAGAUGAUGAUGGGCGCCGCCGGGCUCACGGGCUUCGAGCCCUGCGCGUGGGGCGACUUCUUCAUCACCCACGCUCCACCGCUCUCACAGGAGGCUGAGAAGCGGAUGCGGGAGCGGGUGGAGCAGCUCAAGGGCGAGCUGCGCCGCCGUGUGUUUGGGGCCGCCGGCGAGGCCAUGAGCGUGGCGGACACGGUGGCGCUGGUGGACACGCUCGAGCGCCUCGGCGUGGACGCCCACUUCCGCGAGGAGAUCGGCGCCGCGCUAAGACGCGUCGUCGUCGUUAAUGGGGAGAGCUGCUCGGAUAAUUCAGGGUCGGGGAGCUGCCCGGACAGCGACCUCCGCGUCGUCGCGCUUCGGUUCCGCCUGCUCAGGCAGCACGGCUACUGGGUCCCAACAGAUGUGUUCGACAGGUUCAGAGAUGCCACGGGCAGUUUCAGAGCAAGCCUGAGCAGCGACCCGGGGAGCCUGCUUAGCCUAUACAACGCGGCCCACAUGGCGAUACCCGGCGAGCGGGUCCUGUACGAGGCCAUCUCCUUCUGCAGGCGCCACCUCGAGUCCAUGAGAGGCGAGCUCGCGUCGCCCAUGGCGGAGCAGGUGUCCCGUGCCCUCGACAUCCCGCUCCCGCGGCUCCCCAAGCGGCUGGAGACGGUGCGCUACAUCGCUGAGUACGCGAGGGAGGGGCACGACCCCGUGGCCCUGGAGCUCGCCAGGCUCGACUUCGACCUCGUCAGGGCUCUUCACCUCGAGGAGCUCAGGGCCCUGUCCUUGUGGUGGAAGGAGGUUUAUGGGGAUGUGAAGCUAAGCUACGCCCGAGACCGCCUGGUGGAGAACUACUUCUGGACCUGCGGGGUGUUCCAUGAGGAGGAGUACUCCCGUGCAAGAAUUCUGUUUGCCAAGACAUUUGGGAUGCUGUCACUGAUGGAUGAUACUUACGAUGUGUAUGCUACGCUAGAGGACUGCCACAUACUCAACGAAGCCAUACAAAGAUGGGAUGAAAGUGCUGUUUCUACUCUCCCACAAUACAUGAGAAGGUUUUACAUCAAUCUUCUCAAGACCUUCCAAGAGUCGGAGGAUAGUUUGCAGCCUCAUGAGAAGUACCGUGUCUCCUAUGCAAAGAAAGCGUUUCAGCUGUCAUCCAAGUACUAUCUGGACGAGGCCAAGUGGUGCAGUGAGAAGUACGCUCCGAGCUUCGAAGAGCACGUGGAGGUGUCGGUCAUGUCGUCGGGCUUCCCGACGCUGGCCGUGGUGCUGCUCAUGGGCGCCGGCGACCUGGCCACUAGGGAGGCCUUCGAGUGGGCGAUCGGCGAGCCCGCCGUGGUCAGCGCCAGCGGGGAGGUGGCCCGUUUCCUCAACGACAUCGCGUCGUACAGGAAGGGGAAGAACAAGAAGGACGCGCUGAGCUCGGUGGAGUGCUACGCCAGGGAGCGCGGCGUGUCCGGGGAGGAGGCCGCGGCGGCGAUCGCCGGCAUGGCGGAGCACGCGUGGCGGACCAUCAACCGCUCGUGCAUGGAGGUGGGCGGCGCGCUGCUGCCGGCCGCGCGGCUGGUCGUGAACCUGACCAAGACGCUCGAGGUCAUAUACCUCGGCGGCAGGGACGCCUACACCUUCGCCGGCGACCUCAGGGACCUCGUCGUCUCCCUCUUCCUCAACGGCCCUGCUGCCUAAUAGAUCUGUAUCGUAUCUUCCACGCAGCAGCCAAUGGACCUCAAGGACGGAUCGAAUCGCAGCAAAUAGGCACCGGAAUGCGCUAGCGCGCGCGCUCUCUCUCUCUCUACGCGUGCUAUCACUUUUUUCCCCCUUGAAUAUGCAGGAGAGCUGAACAUCUUUAUAUUAAGAUAGAAAAUGCGAAGUACACAUAUCACGUCACGAUUUUGUGCGCGGGCUGUCACUCAGUCGUAAUUUUUUUUAACAUGCAUGUAAUGUGAUUUGAAAAUAAAAUACUUGCAAAAAAA